AUGGAGCAGCUUCCAAGGGCUUCGGCCGCCGCUCGUUGCACGAGUGGGAGGGAAAACCCCCUCGAGGCGAACUACCCGGCGCCGCCAGACAUGCGCCUACCGGGCGCGAGAUUGAGCGUUGGAGGAGUCCUCAUGCCCCCUCCGCCAUCCACCAUGGAACGCCAUGGCGAGAUCGUGCGCAUUCGGCGUCUUUGUCAUAGCACGCGAUGCAGGAAGAAAGGUACGCCGCCGACAAUCUCUCUAUGUGGACGGCGUACUUCCAGCACCGUCACGUCGACCAGCUCGCCUCCACCAACGGGUUCCCGACGCCAAGGGGGGCGCCACAACUCCGACGGCCAUCCUCAGUGGUGGGGCGUCCCCGGGCGCACGCUCCACGUUGUCCUCGAGCACAUCGAGAUGGCCGCCGCCAACCUUCGCCUCCCCGCGGCCACCUUUAAAACACACAUCCAUUACAUUUGUACUACACAGAGCUGCGGCAUCGAUUCAUACCUGGUCAUUACUCACUCUUGUGGAAACCAGGGAGCCUAUGGUUACUGGCGCCGGUUUAGGAUGAGCACAGACUUGUUCAAGCGCAUUGCAGAGAAACUAGCGAGCCAUGACCGGUUUUUCCAGCAAAGGAGGAAUGCCGCCGGAGAGCUCAGGCAUAGCACCUUUCUGAAGGUGACAGCCGCUUUGCGUAUGUUGGCAUACGGUAUCCCGGCUGAUCUAGUUGAUGAUCACUUGGCUAUGGGUGAGAGCCAAGCCAUCAUGUGUGUCAAGCGCUUUGCAGUGGGAAUUGUGCAAGUGUUUGGCAAGAAGUACUUGAGAUCUCCCACUGCUGAAGACGCCGCAAGGCUAUUGGCGAUGAACAAAUCUCGCGGCUUUCCUGGCAUGCUUGGCUCAAUAGAUUGCAUGCAUUGGAGUUGGAAGAAUUGUCCAAAGGCAUGGCAUGGGCAAUUCCACGGCCAAAAAAAGGGUUCCACUAUAAUCCUUGAAGCGGUGGCCGAUCAGGAGACUUGGAUUUGGCAUGCGUUCAAUCGCAUUCGUGGGGGAGUGGUUCAAUAUGACCCAUUCUUUGAGUGCAAAACGGAUGCUCUUGGCAAGCUUGGAUUCUUCUCUUAUCAGAAAUGCACCGCCGCCAUUCGCAUGCUUGCAUAUGAAAUUCUACGCGAUCUUGUGGAUGAGUACGUGUGCAUGAGUGAGUCCACAUGUCUGUUGUCAAUGUACAACUUCUGCAAGACCGUGGUAGCGGUGUUUGACCCCGAAUACUUGAGGCAGCCAAAUGCCGCAAACACAGAAAGGUUGUUGGCGAUCAACGCCGAUAGAGGCUUUUCAGGCAUGCUUGGCAGCAUAGAUUGUAUGCACUGGGAGUGGACGAGCUGUCCAUUUGCUUGGCAGGGCCAGUACAAAGGGCAUGUGAAAGCCUGCAUUGUCAUAUUAAAAGCGGUGGCUUCGCACGAUCUUUGGAUAUGGCAUGCUUUCUUCGACAUGGAUGGUUCUCACAAUGAUAUCAACGUGCUGCAGCGUUCCCCAGUGUUCGGUAGGCUUGCAGAAGGCCACUCCCCACCUGUCUACUUUGAGAUCAAUAUCCACCACUACAGCAAGGGAUACUACCUGGCUAAUGGUAUAUGUCCUAAGUGGUCAACUUUUAUGAAGAUAAUCUCAAACCUUCAAGAAGAUAAGAGAAAGAGAUUUGUCCAAACGCAAGAGAGUGUUAGGAAGGAUGUGGAGCAUGUUUUUGAUGUGAUUCAAUCCCGAUGGGGUAGCUGCCGUCGUCGGGAGUGCGGAUGCGUGGGAGUCGUACAACACGCCGGUCCUGACGAGCAGAGCGCAGUCCCGGAGGUUGACGUCGAGCCCAACACUGAGCACGUGAUGGCGCUCUACGCCUAUAGCUUGCCGUCCCUCGGAGCGGCAGAUCUAAGGUGUCGAACCAAUCCUGGGGAGGACGUGCCCAGCUAUUGGAGUCGGACAGACGCGCCGGGACGUGCCCAGCUUGGCCGCGAUUGCUUUCCACCGCCCGGGAACCCUUCCGCCGCUGUCGCCGUGUACGCCGCCGGCAUCAAGCCCCUCACGCGCGCCAGGAGCUCCUCCGCCGGGUCGCCCCGCACACACAUGGUUGGACACCUGUAG